UCUACGAAGAAAUUGCCUAUGCUCAGCUGAGCCCUGAUAGUAAGAUCGUCGCUGGUACCUUUGGCACACAACCUGUCAAUGGCUUCUGCGAAUCGUCCAUGGGAUUAUGAAGUUUUCUUGAGCUUUAGGGGUGAAGAUACCCGUUACAAUUUCACAGAUCAUCUCUAUUCGAAUUUGGAGACGCGAGGGAUUCGUACCUUUAGAGACGAUGAAGAACUCUCAAGGGGAGAAGUGAUCGCACCAAGUCUUUUUACAGCUAUUGAGAAGUCAAGGUGCGCUCUCGUGAUUCUCUCCGAAAACUAUGCCCAUUCCAAAUGGUGUUUGGAGGAACUGGCGAAGAUCAUGGAGUGCAGCGUAGAAAUGGGACUGAUAGUUUAUCCAGUUUUCUAUCGUGUUGAUCCUUCUGAUGUGCGAAAUCAGAGGGGCAGUUAUGGAGAAGCAUUAGCCAAGCAUGAAAGAAAUGGGUUGGGCCACCAGACACAGAGGUGGAGGGCAGCCUUGACGGAAGUAGCCAAUCUUUCUGGAUGGCAUCAACAGAAUGGGUCUGAGGCUAAUACUAUUAUGAAAAUUACUCGCACUAUUUUGAGGAGAUUUACUGAGAAACUUUUACAUGUUGACAAAAACCUCAUUGGGAUGGAUGAUCGUUUGGAAGAAAUUAUUUCACAAAAGAUAGACCUAUUAUCAAAAGACGUUCGCAUGAUUGGGAUCUAUGGACUUGGAGGAAUUUGUAAAACAACCAUUGCCAAAGUUAUAUAUAAUAAAAUUGCCACUCAUUUCAUGAUUUCUAGAUUUAUUGCUAAUGUUAGAGAGGAUUCCAAAAGACCGGGUCUACUUCAUUUACAAAAGCAACUCCUUGAUGAUAUCUUGCCAAUAAGGAAGAACUUUAUAAGCAAUGAUGAUGAAGGGAUCUCUAUGAUAAAAGAUAGGCUACGCUUUAAAAAAGUUCUUCUUGUUCUUGAUGAUGUUGACGUUUUGGACCAACUGGAAGCCUUGGCUGGUGAUCGCAAAUGGUUUGGUCCUGGAAGUAGAAUUAUUGUAACAACUAGAGAUUGGCAUUUGUUGGAUGUGCAUAAGAUGGAUGCAUUUUAUGAGGUUAAGAAAUUAAAUCACAAGGAAGCUAUUGAGCUCUUUAGUCAACACGCAUUUAAACAGAAGCAUCCUAAAGAAGAUUAUGAAACACUUUCAAACUCUAUGGUGCGUUGUGUUGAUGGUCUUCCUUUAGGCCUUAAAGUUUUGGGUCGUUUCCUAUUUGGCAAGACAAUACUUGAAUGGGAAAGUAAAUUGCAAAAACUAAAACAUGAACCUAAGAAAGAAAUUCAAAGUGUGCUCAAGAGAAGUUAUGAUGAAUUAGAUCACACACAAAAGGAGAUAUUCCUAGAUAUUGCUUGCUUCUUUAAUGGAGAGGAUAAAGAUCAUGUUACAAGAAUCCUAGAUGCUUGCAAGUUCUAUGCGCCGACUGGAAUACGAGACCUCAGGGAUAAAUGCCUCAUAAAUAUUUUUGACAACAAGAUAUCAAUGCACGAUUUGUUACAACAAAUGGGACGAGACAUGGUUCGACAAGAAUAUCCUAAACACCCAGAAAAAUGGAGCAGAUUGUGCUAUCCUGACGACGUAAAUCGUGUAUUGACCAAAAAAUCGGGAACAGAGGCAAUUGAGGGCAUACUCUUCGACUUGUCUAUACCAAAGCGUAACCAGAUAGACAUUAGUACUAAAUCCUUUGAGAUGAUGACAAGACUUAGGUUGCUCAAAAUCUAUUGGGCUCAUGAAUCUAUUUCUAUGAGGGAGGAUAAUAAAGUAAAGUUGUCCAAAGACUUUGAAUUCCCUGCUUCUGAGCUAAGAUAUCUCUGCUGGCAAGGAUAUCCUUUAGAAUCUUUGCCUUCAAGUUUUUAUGCUGAGGACCUCAUUGAACUUGACAUGUGUUACAGCAGCUUAAAACAACUUUGGGAAAGCAACAAGCCUCUUGAAAAGUUAAAUACUAUCACAGUUAGUUUCUCUCAGCACCUCAUGGAAAUUCCAGACUUGUCAGUUAGGGCUCCAAAUCUGGAAAAACUAAUUCUUGAUGGUUGUUCAAGUUUGCUUGAGAUCCACCCAUCUAUUGGAAAGCUAAGCAAGCUUAUUUUAUCGAGUCUCAAAAGCUGCAAAAAUCUUAGCAGUUUUCCGAGAAUAAUCAACAUGGAAGCACUCAAAAUUCUUAAUUUCUCUGGUUGCUCAGGGCUCAAGAAGUUUCCAGAUAUUCCAGGUAACAUGGAACAUUUAUUGGAGCUUUAUUUGGCUUCAACUGCUAUCGAGGAACUUCCCUCCUCAAUUGGGCAUCUCACUGGACUUGUUUUAUUGGAUCUGAAAAGGUGCAAAAAUCUUAAGAGUCUUCCUGAAAGUAUUUGUAAGUUGGAAUCCCUUGAAGAUCUCUUUCUCUCUGGCUGUUCAAAACUAGAGAAUUUUCCAGAAAUGAUGGAGGAUAUGGAAAAUUUGAAAAAGCUUCUGUUAGAUGGAACAUCUAUAGAAGGGCUACCCUUGUCAAUUGACCGUCUAAAAGGCCUCGUUUUAUUGAAUCUGAGGAAUUGCAAAAACCUUGCGAGUCUUCCAAACAGCAUGUGUAAUCUGCCUUCUCUUGAGAAACUUAUUGUCUCUGGCUGUUCACGAUUAAAAAAUUUGCCAACGAACCUUGAGAGCCUGCAAUGUCUAGCGCAGCUCCAUGCAGAUGGAACUGCUGUAAAACAACUACCAGAGUCAAUUGUUCUUUUGAGAAACCUCCAAUUGUUGGUCUAUCCUGGAUGUAAAAUAUUAACUCCUACCUCAUUGGGUUCGCUCUUUUCCUUCUGGUUAUUGCAUAGAAACAGUUCAAAUGGGAUUGGUUUACUCUUGCCUUCUGGUUUUUCUAGUUUCAGGUCCUUCACAAAUUUAGACCUAAGUGACUGCAAACUAAUAGAAGGAGCAAUCCCCAAUGGAAUCUGCUCCUUAAUCUCAUUGAAGAAAUUAGAUCUAAGCAGAAACAAUUUUCUAAGCAUACCUGCUAGCAUCAGUGAACUUACAAACCUAAAAGACCUUCGGUUGGGGCAGUGCCAGAGUCUCAUAGAAAUUCCAGAGCUUCCACCAAGUGUCCAAGACAUAGAUGCACACAAUUGCACAGCCCUUUUACCAGGCUCAUCAAGUGUAGGCAUAUUGCAAGGGCUACAGUUUGUAUUCCGUAAUUGCUCCAAACCAUUUGAGGACCGAUCCAGUGAUGAUAAGAGGAAUGCAUUACAAAGAUUUCCACAUAAUGAUGUGUCUUCCUCUGCUUCUGUUUCCUCUUUAACUACUUCACCUGUUGUGAUGCAGAAAUUGCUUGAAAAUAUUGCAUUUAGUAUUGUUUUUCCUGGCAGUGGAAUUCCUGAGUGGAUCUGGCAUCAGAAUGUGGGAUCUUCUAUUAAAAUAGAGCUGCCUACUGAUUGGUACAAUGAUGACUUCUUGGGAUUUGCUCUCUGCUCUGUUCUUGAACAUCUCCCUGAGAGAAUUACAUGUACAUUGACUUCUGAUGUUUUUGAUUAUGGAGACUUGAAAGGCUUCGGUAUUGAUUUCCAUUGUAAAGGCAACAAUGUUGGGCUAGAACAUGUCUGGCUGGGUUAUCAACCUUGUUCCCAGUUGAGGUUGUUUCAAUUCAAUGACCCCAAUGACUGGAAUCACAUUGAGAUUUCUUUUGAAGGAGCCCACAGAUUCAGGUCAAGUGCAUCCAAUGUGGUGAAGAAGUGUGGGGUAUGUCUUAUAUAUGCAGAAGAUCUUGAAGGAAUCCAUCCAGAAAAUAAAAUGUAGCUGAAGAGUAGGGGAUAUACUAUAGUCGAGAGAAGCAGCGACAAUGCAGAGCUCAUUGGAAGUGGAAUGGGCCCUAUUUCUAGUGGCAGCAGUCGCAGACCCACCAACAGUCCCACACUCAAGCUCAAGCGCAAACGUCCUCGAGAAUGACUACCAUCAUCCAGGCUCUUCAUCCCAAUAAAAUUCCAUCUUCUGUUGAUUUGGUCAUGCAUGGUUAAAAUCGGUGAUGAUUUUGUUUGUUAAUGGUUCCUGGCUAACUCCUCCAAUCAUGUCUGUAUACGAUCUCUCUGACGACUUUACGCGCUGGGUGGCACAUAUAAGGAGGUUGAUUAAGAAAAUCAAGCAAAGUUGGUAUUGGGUGGUGAAUGCAAGAUGUCAGCUGUGAAUUAUGAAACCAGUUAGUUUCUGCAGAGCAAAUCCUUUCCAAAUUAAUGCAGCGGUGGUAUGAGUUCUUAUGAUUAUUCUAUACAAUUGAGAGCUGUUAUUUGUGAACCUAGUUAGUUUUUCAAAGUGAUAAAUUCACUGUUUUGACUCGGUCCUGUUUGCAAUUCUGAGUUCAGAAUCCAUAUAUCAUUAAACUGAUUGUCUCCA